AAAAUUUUGUUCAAAAGCCGAAUAAACCCAAUUGAAGUCGUCACUUUUGAAAAUUGCGCAGAUUUGUAGCUUUUAUCAGCCGAUCGGGCAACACUACUGUUAAAACCCAUUAAGUGUACAAUUCAUACGUGGGCCAAUAACAUUGAAAUACUUGUCAAAAUCGGCGUAGAAAGAGAGCGAUAAAUAGUGCGAAAUGUUAUAUAGAUUGGACUGCGGCAUGACAGUCUUAUAAAUAGUCAUCUCUGUUUUACUGAAACGUACACGUCAGACGAAACAUUUUGUUCCAUUAGGAAAAGAUAAAAAAAAAGUGAGAAUCAAUCGUGAAUAUUCAUUGCAACGCUACGGAAUAUACUUUCUCCAUUGUGACGAACCGAAAUUAUAACCUCAAUUGAAAUUUAGUCGAAACAAAAAAAAUUUACAAAAUGAAGCAACGAUUGGUGGUUGCGCUCAUAGUAAGCACAUUAGCUUUAUUAGGUAGUGUACAAUAUGCAUUUGGAGCGGCUGUGAUGUCUAUCGAUUUGGGCAGUGAAUGGAUGAAAGUCGGUAUCGUUUCGCCCGGUGUUCCUAUGGAAAUUGCCCUGAAUAAAGAAUCGAAACGGAAAACACCGGUCAUUCUAUCAUUCCGAGAUGGACAACGACUUUUUGGCGAAGAUGCGGCUACGGUUGGACUUCGUUUCCCAACAAAAAGUUUCCAUUAUUUAUUGGAUUUGUUGGGUAAAACCGUUGACAAUCCAAUUGUUAAAUUGUAUCAAACACGUUUUCCAUAUUACAAUAUCGAAGCGGAUCCGGAACGAAAUACGGUCGUGUUUAAAAUUGAUGAUGACACUAAGUACAGCGUUGAAGAAUUGAUUGCUCAAAUUUUGCAGAAGGCACGCGAUUUCGCGGAGAGUUCGACCGGUCAACCAAUAACGGAGUGUGUCAUUACGACUCCUGGUUUCUUCGGGCAAGCUGAACGAACGGCUCUGUUGACCGCCGCCAACCUCGCCAAUAUCAAAGUGCUGCAACUCCUCAACGACUAUACCGCAGUUGCCUUGAACUACGGUAUUUUCUCGCGCAAAGAAAUCAACGACAAAGCCCAAUACUUUGUAUUCUACGAUAUGGGAGCCUAUCACACCACGGCCAGCGUUGUUAGCUAUCAAUUGGUGAAAGACAAAGCAACACGUGAAACGAAUCCAGUUGUUCAAGUUAUUGGCGUUGGUUAUGAUCGUACGUUGGGUGGUUUGGAGAUGCAAUUGCGUCUACGCGACUACUUGGGCAAAGAGUUCAACAAAAUGAAGAAAACAAAGACCGAUGUAUUCACCAAUCCACGUGCAUUGGCCAAACUAUUCAAAGAAGCUGGUCGCGUUAAGAACGUUCUUUCCGCAAAUACGGACCAUUUUGCUCAAAUCGAAGGUUUAUUGGACGAACAAGACUUCCGGUUGCAGGUGACUCGUGAAAAGUUCGAGGAAUUGUGCAAGGAUUUGUUCGAACGUGCCGUUGGCCCACUUGAUCAAGCGCUAAAGAAUUCUGGUCUUAAUUUGAGUGUAAUCAAUCAAGUCACACUGUUCGGUGGAAGCUCACGUGUGCCGAAGGUGCAGGAGGCGCUUAAAACAUUUGUCGGUAAGGAAUUGGGUAAGAAUAUCAACACCGACGAAGCGGCCGCAUUGGGUGCUGUUUACAACGCAGCUGAUCUCGCAACCGGUUUCCGUGUAUCGAAGUUUAUCGUCAAAGAAGCUGUUUUGUUCCCAAUCCAAGUGACUUUCGAACGCGAAGGAAACAGCGGCAACACAAAGGUGGUGAAACGUAGUCUCUUCACGGCAUUCGGAUCGUAUCCACAGAAGAAGGUCAUCACAUUCAACAAAAACACCGAAGACUUUGCAUUUGAGGUUAGCUACGCUGAAUUAGAUCACUUGCCCAGCAACGAAGUCACAAAUAUCGGUUCAUUGAAUUUGCUGAAAAUCAAAUUGAACGAUGUGAACAGCAUCAUUUCAGCUCAUGCUGGCGAGAAUAUCGAACCAAAGGGAAUCAAGGCUCAUUUUGUUUUGGACGAUUCUGGUUUGUUCUCGUUGUCUGGCAUCGAAUUCGUUGCUGACAAAAAUGUAACCGAACAAGAGGAAGAAAAUGCAUUUGCAAAGCUUGGCAACACAAUCACUAAACUGUUUACCAGCAAUGAUGAAGAGAAAAAAGAACCAGAUACCGAAGAGAAAACACCAGAAGAAGGUGAAAAGGCAGCUGAAGAUGGUAAAAAACCAACUGAAGGCGAAGCCGCUGCAAAUGCAACCGCAACGAAUGAAACCGAUUCAACGGCCAGCACUGAAAAGAAACCAAUAUCGAAAAUUGUCAGUAUCAAAGAACCAAUUCCGUAUCAUGUUGAUUUCUUGUAUGCCGUUCAUUUGAAGGGUGACAAGUACGAAGAAGCACGCAAAAAGGUCGAUAGGCUUAACGAAUUGGAACGUCAAAUUGUUCGUCGUGAAUCGGCUUUGAAUGCAUUGGAAAGUUUUGUCAUUGAAGCAAAUCAACGACUCAACGAAGAGGAAUAUGCCAGCUGCGCUACAUCAAAAGAGAUCGAAGAACUUCGUAAAGCAUGUGCUGAUGUUUCCGAUUGGAUUUAUGAAGACGGUCAAAACGCCGAUGCUGAUACAUACGAAAAGAAAUUGGUUGAGCUGCAAGCGAUAUCGAACCCAAUCUAUGCCCGCCACUGGGAGCACAGAGAACGCUCCGAUGUUGUUAACACAUUCAACAAGAUGAUUGCACAUGCCAAGACUUUCCUAACAAAUGCCAAGAACAUGACAAAGGAAUCGAAUUCCGACAAAGACAUUUUCACUCAGGUCGAAAUUGAGACACUUGAAAAGGCAAUCAACGAUGCCGAACAAUGGGUUGCCAGCGAAUUGGAAGCACAAAAUAAAUUGAAGAGAUCCGAUGCGGUGCAAAUGACCGUCAAAUCUAUCACCGAUCGCAUGGCACUAUUGGACCGUGAGGUGAAAUAUUUGAUUAACAAACUGAAAAUCUGGAAACCAAAAGUCAAAGAAACUCCAAAGAAGUCGAAGAAAGCGGCCAAUGACAGCGAAACCACUGAGAGUGAAACCGUAGGUGCUGAAGCAACUGUUGAAGAACCGAAGACAGUCAAUGUGGAACAAGAUGUUCCAGCAGCGGCUGAUGACCAAAAAAUCGAUGACGCCGACAAAACCGAUGAACACGUUGAAUUGUAAAUGAAAAUCGAGGCACAAACUUUUCCUUAAGACAAAAUCAUGUUUUCAGGAAUAAAAAGAGAGUCAUUUUAGGCGCAUUCUCCUUUUUAUAACAAAAAUCUGAAAAAAUAGCAUUCGUAGCGAUGCAAAGAUCCAGUGAAUCAUAUACAGUAGAAGAAAAACAAAGUUCGUUUAAGUUACCUUUUCAUGCAGCAGAGUUUAGUUUCCCAUUUGAUGUUCAUAUUAUUUUCAGGAUCAAAAAACAUGCAGGUCGCCUAAUAAUUUAUGUAAGCUCGAUUAAGACUUAAAUAUGGAUGUUUGGCAUUUUCUCCAUACGCAUGAAGAAAACCAUAACACUCCAGUACCUUUGCAAUUUUUAAGUAUGUAAAUUAGAAAAUUGAAUUGAAUUUUAUAAGAAGAAAAAAAAAUCUAAUUAAUCGACACCAUCCAUUCCAGCGAUCUUGUACUCUUUCUUACAACAGCAAAAACAAAAUAAUUAUAUAUUUAUAAAUAUCGGAACCAAUGAAGAUAUUCAAGAGAAAAAAAAAACAACAACAAAAACCAGCAGCCAAUUUUCCAUCAUUUUUAAGACGCAUGAAUAAUAAAAACAUAAUAUUGCAAAAAUAAGAGAGAAAGAGAGAGAAUUUUGUAUGAUUUAAAUUAUUUAAAAUAAUAUAAGUGUAUAGAAUGAGGAGCGAAUGUGUCGAAAUAAGUGGAAAAUCAAGAGGGAAAGUAGUAAUAAAAUGAUUAAAUUAAAAUACCAAAAA